UGGCCACAGAGGCGCGUUUGAAAGAGGGUCUGUGAGAUAUUGAACCUUUGAAGAGUGUUCUCUGUCUGUGUCUGUCUCUGCUCUCACUGCAGAUUAUGGAGAGAUUGGUUGAUUGAUUAUCAGAGAGUAACUUUACCAACGCUACCUCUGCUAGCUUCUCUCUGGGGUGAGGAGACAGAGAACACAGGGAGAGGAGAGGACAGGCGAGAAAGAGAAGAGUGGAGUGAAAAAGCAGGGAAGAGUAUCAAAAGAAGAGGUGAGGACUGACUGAGGAGAGUGGGAGGACCAGGCUUCUGAGUGGACUGAUACAGGAAGAGCGGUAGAGAGGGAGGGUGUUGACCCCCUGUUGCCCUGCUGUUGGGAUAGUUACAAUGGCAUCGCCUCCAUUGAUGUACCACGGGGCAAUCAGUAAACUGGACUGUGAGGAUCUGCUGGGGAAGAAGGGGAAGGAUGGAGCCUACCUCAUCAGAGACAGCGAAACAAUCCAAGGAGCCAUGUGUCUGUGUGUCUAUAAAAAGAAGGUGGUGUAUACCUACAGAAUCCUCCAGACCCACACUGGAAGCUACACCCUGCAGACAGCGUCUGGUGUAGAGGAGAAAUUCUUUAAGACGUUAGAGGAGCUGGUCCGCCAUUAUAAGCGUCGGGGGCAGGGAUUGGCUCAGCAUCUGCGCCACUCAGUCAAGCGGAAGACACUGCUACAACUUCCCGCCCCCAAUGUCAUCGACGAGGUGCCUGAUUAUGAAAAUGUGGAUGCAUCAGACUACGUUGUUGUCCUGCCCUCUUGAUUCAGCAGCACACCCCUGACCUACAUCAUCUAUGAGCCUGUAAAUAUCUAGGUGUGGUGCCUGCAGGCACUUUUUUUCCUGAUGCCAGGGGCGGAUUGGUCAUCUGCCAUUUGCUCGAAAUGCCAGAUGAGCUGGUCAAAUGUUAGCCCAUAGGGCCUGUCUAAUUCAUUUUUUUUUAAAAAGCUAAAUUAUCAUUAUUUGGCUAAUACUGUAAUUGGGGCCUCUAAGGAAAAAAAUGGGCUGGUGUGUUAGAAAUGCCAGGGCUGAUUUUUGGUCUCAGUCCGCCCCUUCCGUAUGCAAUGUGUUGUGUGCUGUUCUGUGUGCUAGGGAUACUGAGAUUGUCAGAGAGAAUAGUGUUUGUCUGGUUGUUGAAGUGGAAGUUAAAAUCAAAUUUUAUUUGUCACAUGCACGGAAUACAACGUGUGUAGACUUACUGUGAAAUGCUUGCUUACGAGCCCUUCCCUACUAUGCUGAGUCAAAAUAUAUAUAUAUUUAUAUACUAUAAAAUAUAUAGUAACACAAGAGGAAGAAAAAAACAAGAAUGAAGCUAUAUCAUAAAAAUAAAAUUUUGGUGGGUGCUUAUAUUUGUCCUGUCUUACACAUCUACAGGUGUGUAUUAAUACGCAUGUGUGAAUUGGAAAUGAGUUUUUUGCAUAAUCCACUCUCCCGGAGACACCUUUAGAGAGUGGGGUAACAGGGAGUACCAGUAUCAGUACCAUAUCAAUGUGUACAAGUACGAGGUGUUUGAGGUAGAUAUGUACAUAAAGGCAGCGUAAAGUGACUAGGCAUCGGGAUAGAUACUAAUAAGAGUGAAAUAAAGAACAGAGCAGCAUAUGUGUGUGUGUGUGGCGUCAGUAUGCGUGUAUGUGUUGUGCGAAUGUAGUGUAUCUAAAUGUAUGUGUGUGUGUGGCGUCAGUAUGCGUGUAUGUGUUGUGUGAAUGUAGUGUAUCUAAAUGUGUGUGUGUGUGUGGCGUCAGUAUGCGUGUAUGUGUUGUGUGAAUGUAGUGUAUCUAAAUGUAUGUGGGUUUGUGAGAGAGUCAGUGUAUGCAUAAUAUGUAUAUAUAUCAUCCUGUGACUGAAUAGUAUCAGUGCACAUACACUCCAUAGAAACAUCCCAUAGAAACAUUCAUAUCUUUUUGUCACUAUGGUAUUCCGAAUAGAGUUUAUUUACUUGUAAAGAUUUAGGCCUACUCUGGAUAAGACUAAGCUGUAAUGUGUAAAUGUUCCUAGCUUAAAUAAAACGUUUGUAAACACCAGUAUUUAUCUACUUUCCCCCUAACUAAAUUAAAAUGCUGUUAAGUAACCAA